AUGGUGGCGCAAUCGGAUCCGCUGCUAGGAGAACAUGGCGGGGGAGUGAAAGGAGCAGCCAGCGGCGCCCAGUGUUGUUACCCGAGCGGGGCACGCCCCCUUCCGCCCCCGCGCCAAUCGCCGUGCGAGGAUGGCGCGAGCGGAACGCCCCUUCACCGGGCGCCGCCAAUCUCGGCGAAACGGUGGCCUCUCUGGCCCCGCCCCGGCCAAUCGGAAGCGACACAAACAGUUGGGGCCGCGCCCGCUUCCGCGGGCCGCCCAAUCCGGGCGGACACGAGCAGCGGGCACGCCCCCGUCUCCGAGUCACGGGCCCGCAGUGCGAAGCGAACGGACGGGACGGGCGGUUCUCCUUGCGAGAGCCGCCGGCCAAUCGGGCGGCGCACAAACAGCGGCGGCCACGCCCCCGCCCGCUCCGCAGCCAAUCGAGGGAGACGUAAACAGGCGGCGGCGCGCCCCCUGCUGGGCGGCGGAGCGCCGGCGGGUCGCCCGCACGCGUCGCCCGCCAUGGAGGUGCCGGCGCCGCGGCCCGCGGCGGCCGCCCGGCCCCCGGCAGCGGCCGCGGCGGCGGCGGCGGCGGCGGCGGAGGAGGAGGAGGGACCCGGCCGUGAGGCGGCGGGGCGGAGGCGGGACGAGCGGAGCCUGGAGGCGCUGAGCCUGGCCGCCGGCGGCGGCGGCGGGGCGGCGGCGGCAGCGGCGGGGCGUCAGCUGCCGGAGGGGCGGCGGGCGACGCUGGCGAGCGCCCUGGAGCUGGAAGGGACGGUGCUGCGCGAGGGGCGCCUCACCCAGUUCGUAGCCAACAACCUGGAGCGGCGGAUCCGGCUGAGCGGCGCCCCGCGGGGCGAGCCGCCGCCGGCGGCGGCGGGGGGCGGCGGCGGCGGCGCCUCCUCCAUCCCCGCCAUCGACCCCGGGGCGCUGCAGGACGUGGUGGCCCUGGCCGGGCAGGUGGCGGCGCAGGUGGACGAGCUGCUGCGCAACGUGCACUGCGGGCUGCAGGCCCUGACGGCCCUCAGCGUGGGCUGCAUCCAGACCUACCGCGACGGGGUGGAGAGCCUGGGCGAGGCGGCCGACCUCAGCAUCCGCGCCAUGUACGCGCUGGUGGCGCGCUGCGAGGAGCUGGACCGCGCCAUGCAGCCCGUGCCCGCCCUGGCCAAGCGCAUCCGCGACAUGAAGGGCACCCUGGAGCGGCUGGAGGGGCUCUGCAAGUAGCGCCGACCCGACCCGGCGCGGGGUGGGGGUGUGUGGGGGGGUCGCCGCCCCGCCGCUCUUGCCGCUGCCGCUGGCGUGCCGAGCGAGGAGCCCGCCGGGGCUGGGAAAGCGGGGCCCCGCCGCCGCCGCCCUGGCUGUGCCAGCGGCGGGCCCGCUGGGCCUUCGCGGGGGGGGCUCGGCCGCUCCGAGGAGCCCCGGCCCGGCGGCUGCCCGCCUCCCCCUCCGGUAGCCCCGCCAGCGGGCCCGCACAGGGCGGCUUCAGCUCUUCGCCUGGACGUCCGUCCUCCCUCCCUCCCUCCGUGUGUGUGCGCCCCUGUACGUGAGCAGCCGACAGCUGUGGCCAGUCCGCUGGCCUUAAUCUGGAGGAAGUGAAAUUUUUGCAACCGAUGAAGGAAAAGGUCCCGGUUGAAAUCGCGGGGUACACGGCAGGCGGUGCUUUUUAGCUUCAGCUCCAUUAAAGAAUUUGGAUCCCACAUGCCUUAUGCUUUCUAUUUAUUGAGGGCUAGGAAGAACUAACCAAUCUUAAUUAAAAGUAGCUGUCAGUAUUUUUUUUUUUUUUUUACCAAAUUCGAAAUUGUUGUGAACACUUGCUUGAUGCUUAAAGGCAUACGUGCUUACUUGUAGUUGACUUAGUGCCUGACAAGUAAUUCUCACUUCUGCUGUUACAGCAAAUAAACACGCAGAACGCUGCUGUCUCUUACAGGGCACAGUUGUAAGAGAAGAGGAAAUUUAAUAUAUAUAGCAAAGACACUUGCUUUCUGCGAGGAAUGUAGAAUCCAUGGAAUAUAAUUGAGAUUCAGAUAAGAACAAAUCUAUAUGCAAAGUUCUAAAUAAAAGCUUUUGGAUAAAAUAAAUAUGCUUUGCCUCUAUUAGUUUCUACAGUUUUCACAGUGUAGAAGUUUAAAUGGCCUCGCUGUGAAAUGAUCCUGUGAUUUUGUGUGGAUUUUUUUUUCAAUUGGGAAAGCGCCUAUUUAAUUAGAUGAGGAACAUGAAUAUGUGAUGACAUUACAUGGGUGUAUGACUGACAUAAAAUGGGUGCUUUGGGAGAAUUUGUUUGUAUAACUUGAAGCUUUUGUAUAUGCAUCACUGUAUGCAGAAGUGAUUUUGCUGUAUCAGUAAGUAUUUCCUCUGAGGCCUGAGAGUAGCCGAAUUAUCUGGUCGCUAUGGUUCCUAUGCAACUAGCCUCUUAGGUGAUGCUCUUAGCAAUCCCAUUUAGGUCACGAAUGUGUUUGUAACAAGAUUUCAGCAGAGAAAUGAUCACUGUGAUCUUAUGUAUGUAUAAUAGUGUUUUCCGUGACCAGCGGCUCCCAAAAGCCUUGGAGCAAAGGUAGCUUGAAAUACUACGCAAGUCCUGUAACUUUUGGUUGAAGAGCAGAUGGGUUUAUGAUGGGUGCAGCUGUUACCCCACCAUAAUCUCAUUAGAAACACCGAGAGAGCGGCGGACGCUCUGAUACGCUGUGCUUCUGCGUGUAGGCAAUACUGAAUUUUAACAAAAUGAUUCAGUUUUAUGCCACCCUGGUUUGCAUGAUACCAGUCUCUGGCCUGUUUUGGGCUUCUCAACAUGGCCAUGUCUUUCCCUCAGCACAGGGGUGUAUUUCACCUGUGGCCUUGAAGCCCUGGCACUGGGAGAAGUGGGCUGUGCUCAUGAAGAAGGUCAUGCUCUUUGUGGUCACAGCUCUCAUGGUACUGUCUUCUGGGAAACAGCUGUGGCUCCAGAAAGGGACCAGAGGUCUGAGGUUAGCGGAGAGAAAAAGGAGAACCUAACGGCCCCUGCCCAUGGGCCUAGAAGACACUAAAGAUUUCUUAACACCACCACAACAGCUGUGCUCUUAAUAUCUUUGGGGUGUUACUCUUGGGAAAGUUUGAACUUCUCUAUCAUGGGGAUGCAGGAGUUUUGCCAAGUAUGUUUUGUAUAUGUCAAGAGUGAAAACCAAAGUUUGAUCUUGCUUAACUUGUGAGUAUUGUUGAAAUGUACAGGAAUGACCUGCAAGCUUAUUUGUAUAGCCACAUAUGUACAGCUGCAUAUGUACCUUCAUUCAUACAGGCUAAGGUGAAGCCUUUAAAGCAUAUGUGUUUCAGUAUGCUAUUGGUUUUAGAUAGCAUUUCAUUUGCAGUCCCCUACAUUGAAUGCUAAUUCCCUGCUAAAAUUGUCAAGUCUGUAGAAUAAAAUGUUUACUUUCAUAUUUUUGCUAGUGAUUAGUUGUUGUUGAAGUGUUUCAGUUCCUAAUUAUUAUUGCUUUUCUUAUUUGGUAAAAUAAUUUGAAAGCUAAUUUAAACUCUGCUCCCGCAUCUGCACAGAGACUCAUUAAUGUGAUUGCAGAGCCAGUUUCAGUCUAGGACCUCGGGCAGUAAUUUCUGACAAUGAUGUCAUUCAUGUGAUGAAAAAGGGAUGACUAGUGAAUUACAGGCAUGAAGGAAGCAGUAAUUACACUGUUUGGUUUUGGUUUUUACUGUCUGUCUGAAAGCUUCAGCUUGUUUGAAGGGCAGACUUAGCCAAGCUAGGUGAAGUGGCUCCUGUUACCAGGUGUCUGCCUCAUACAUUUGCCGUCCCUGGGGCAGGCAUGGCCAGAACGAUGGAAGCCUGUUCUGUGCCACCACGGUCGAUAUCGCUAUGUCAUCACAUAGCUGCUGUGGUUUCCAGCCCCCCUGUCCAUACUGGCCUCCAUUGCUGCAGGAAUGGUGACACUUGCCAGCACCUGUGCCAGCCCUGCCCUUGGAGUCCCAUGUGAACCGCUUGUGAGCUACGUGCAGCUCAGUAGCCUCUGGUCAACCUGGUCCUUCUGCAGCCAGAGACUUCUGUACCGCUUUUUUGAUCCCAGUCCAGGCUUUCUUGUGCAUAUCCUGUGGUAAUUCUGGCACUUUCCAACUUAGGGAUGUUGAGCAUGAAAGCUUUCAGGUUCUUUUAGCCUUUUUUUGCUUAACCGAUCAGUGAGCAGAGUAAAAACAUGUUUGGAUUUUCCAAGACCUUCGAAUGGGUUUGCAUAUAUUUUCUUGCUUAGUCACUCAGCUUUACAGUUGGUCUGGUUUUCCUUUCCUCGUCAACUGCCAAGUGAACUUUCGUUGAGAUGGACAAGGUCAAAGAAGAAAACUAACAACAUAAAAUGACGUGCAGAGCACUAAGCAAAGCCAGAUACAGAAUUAGCCGUGCGCCAGGAAUGACUUCCCUGCCCUGAUAACCGCCAGUGACUCUGUUAGGAUUUAGGUUACUCUGUUAGGAAUUAGGUUAGUUUGGUAAUUUUUUUUUUUCUUCAGGACAAGUGUCAGAUCUGACUAUAGAAACCCUUUUUCUGAUGAAGGUGUGGUUGGUUCUGCUUCAUUCCGGGCUUUUUCUUCCCUCCUUCCUGGGGUUUUAUAUUCCCUGACUCUGAACUGAUUCCAUAUCCAUGCUAUUUAAAGGAGCUUUACCAGAUAAAACCUUGUUACAGCUGAAAACAAGAACCAGUCACCCAAAGCAGGAAUGAACAUCACAGACAUUUUACCUUUAAGGCUUUUUUUCAGUGUUACUUAAUUGCAUCAGUUAUUCAAUAAGUAAAUAUAUCAACUUUUUGUGUGUCUUGCUGCCAGCCAGACACUAAAAUACAUAAGUCUUUUGGCUGGAAUGUCCAGAUUUAUGGCGGUACUUAUUCCCAUGAGUAAGGUCUUGACUGAGUUGCCAGCAUGAGGAGCAGCAUGUGAGUUGAAUCCAAGAGCAUACCUCUUAGCAUUAAAGAGGGAGCUAUUUUAAAAUGGUUUCAAAUAGCAUGGCUGUACUACCAGAAGACAAAAACCUUAAUUUUAAAGCUUCAAAAUCAGCAGCAGCUUUCCAGAGGAGUUAGUAGUUCAGCUCUUGUAGCAAACUGUGUGAGCUGAAACUGAAAAGUCUUAAAGAUAGAGGCCUCUUGCAAUAGGUGUCAUCCAACAUAAGACGGGUUCUUGCUGUCAGAUGCCACGCUACCUCAUCCUCAUCAAUGCUGGUGUGUACACCUGAAAAAAAACCCUUUAAACGAUCAGCAGAUUGUGUCUAUGUUGCUGUCACAACCUGCUUUUAUUGCUAGGAAAUUGCUUUGAGAAAAGGACAUUUUUGUAAAAAUCGUCAAGGGUCCAAUUAGUAUGUUUUUGUGAAUAUUGUCUCCACUUCUGUCCCCACCCUGGCCCCAUUCAGGAAACAUUUCCUGGACCCUCCUGCCAUGCAUGUAAGAGCACACAUGGAAGAGAGAGAUUUGUGACAUUUCUCCUUUAGAAAGCUUAACGCAGUUAUUGCAUCAGAUGCAGGAACUGAAACUCAGCUGUGUUUCACAUUUGCUGCUCCAGCUUAGUGCCUGGGGAAAGCUUUUGUCAUCGUUAUUCUUUGCUGUUCAAAGCUCCAGAAGUAGAGACGUGAUCAACGGACUUGGGCCCCAAGCUUCCACCUGAGAAGUCAAGAUCCUCCUGCCCCCUGUUACGACAAUAGUAGCAUUACGCCCUUAUCUUGUAACAGGAAAAAUGAUAAAGAAUCAAAAUUCCAAACCUUCCUGCAGUUCUGGUUCCCUCCUACUAUUUAUACACAUUAGAAGCAAUGCAAAACCCAAACCUAAAUAAAAAAACAUACCCCCCUGCCACCCCAAGACUGCUAAUUGAUCCUCUUAGGCAGUUUCAUAAAUAAUAGUAGUUGUGGCUGUGAAGGGUAACGUGCUUGAGAUGGCUCUUGCAGUAGUGUUGAAUCCUGAUGAGACUUAAGAGAACCCGAGUUUAAAGAAAAUAAAAUACUACAUUUUAAUUAUAAUAUUGAUAGGGUUGGAGAUGGGCAGUCUACACAACACUUGCAAAACUGGCAUCUGUUGUUCGUUAGCAGGGUUGGACUGCUGUGUACAUCGGUCAUGAUGCAGCAACAUUCAUUAAUUGGGAGAGCAGAAAAGCAGAGUUAAAACUGUCUUGAUUAUUUUCCUAGAUUACAGCUAGAAAGCGCUGUCACUGUAAUUGGUUCCAGAAUUUGAGUUAAUGUUGCUGUUCACAGUAAUGAAGUACCUUUGUUAAAAGUUGAUUUUUCUUCAGAGAAGGGUAAUAAUUUAUGUCAAUAUUUUUAUUUUCAUGAAUGCUAGUUAGAGAGGGAAGAAUCCUAGAAUUUUGUCCAACAGUGUAUUUCUUGUCUCAGUGUGACCAGCCAUGGUUUUUCCUUGUUUACUUUAUGGACAGUGCUGGAGAAAUUCCCAGCACUGAACUUGCUUGUAAGACAGAGAGUGAAUUGUUACAAGCGCUUUGUUAAGGACAGCUUCCUUGUCUGGAGGUACAUGUAAAUGAAGGGGAAGAAAAUGCCACAAACUUGCCAGACAAUAAUUUCUGAUUUUACAGCAAUGUAAUAAUCCUGGGUAUCUGGCUUGUCACUGGGAUCGUUUGACUACACUCAGUAGCAGAAAAUCCAAAAAAUCCCAAGUUGAAAUCUUAGCUUUUUAAUAAAUGAGCUUGCUUUCUAUGGCCUAAUAUCAGCAGCGACGUUUACCAGCCAUUUUCACUCUAAUGAGAUUUUUCUUGUCUGAACUUGAACUGUUGCCAUUCAAGGGAAUGCUAACGUGAAAAUAAACUCCUUUAAAAUCAAAGUA